AGUAUUUGGUACUCCGAAACGGGGACCGGAAGUUGCGGAAAGUUCCUCGGACAGAAACGUGUUGACGACGCCAGCUAGCUGUAUGUAUUUAACCAAGCAGGACUAAACAAGACUGCAGACAUGGCAGGAGUGGAUAUGGACCCAGAGUUGGCACGUAGCUUGUUUGAAGAAGGAGCUACGUUGGUGCUUCUUGGGGUCCCUGAGGGCACUGAGCUGGGCAUGGACUAUAAGAGUUGGCAGGUCGGGCCGCGCUUCCGUGGAGUGAAGAUGAUUCCACCUGGUCUUCAUUUUCUGCAUUAUAGCUCCGUCGAUACGCAGAGUGGUGUGGAGAUGGGCCCGAAAAUGGGACUUUUCUUGUACCUCCAGGCCCGUGAAGUGCUAUUGGCUCAAUGGAACCAGAAAGAAGAGGACCUGGAUUUCUCUGCCUCUCAAAACCUGGAAGAGAUUAGCCGAGUGAAGGCGGGCUUGCGGGAACUGGAUCCUUUCCUGGGACCGUACCCUUAUGAAACCAUGCGCAAGUGGGUCUCGCUGACAGACAAGCUAACUCAAGAAGUCGCCAGCAGCCUGCAGCCCCUUAGCGGUCGGAUCAUGGCCUUCAGCGACGUGGUUCCUGAGCUGCAUCUGACCCACACCAAGGACAGGGAAGAGCACAACCUUCCUCGUAACGACACCGAGUGCCAGAGCAUGCGCGAAGGUCUGGAGCGCCUUCCCCGCAUGAAGCUGAGGCCGGGCACGGAGAUACGCUUCUCCGACAUCCCCAAACAGACGUACCCAGAGGGAGCCACGCCCGCGCAGAUCACUCAGUGCAGCAUAGACCUUAGUUAUGCGCUGGACUGUCUCUUGGAGAAGCAGUACAAGCAGGAACCACUGCACGUUCUUGGCGAGCUGCAGUUUGCCUUCGUCUGCUUCCUGAUCGGUAAUGUUUAUGAGGGCUUCGAGCACUGGAAGAGGCUUCUGACGUUGCUGUGCCGUGCCGAAACGGCCAUGCACAAACGCCGCGACCUGUACCUGGGCCUCAUCGCUGUACUCUACCACCAGCUGGGAGAGAUCCCACCGGAUUUCUUUGUGGACAUCGUUUCCCAGGACAACUUCCUCACCUCCACACUGCAGGAGUUUUUCCAGUUUGCCACUGGUCCCGGUGUAGAUGGCACACUACGCAAACGGGCUGAGAAGUUCAAAGCCCACCUGACCAAGAAGUUCCGCUGGAAUUUCGAGGUGGACCCUGAUGACUGUGCCCCUGUGGUGGUGGAGCUGCCAGAAGGGGUCACCCUGGAGUGACGGGGGGCUCUGCAGAGGGGGUGGGGCCAAAUGCCUGUGAGUCAUACGGUCUGGGCGCUGGCUGGCAUAACUGGGAUUUCUCCUGCCUGCUGGAACGACUUCCAUGGAAAAAAUAGUAAAUGUGAGUUUUGAAUGUGGAAUGUUCAUUGCUCCAGAGGGAUUGACGGUGCUGGAUCAUGACUACGUGGGAACUGAGGAGGGUUUUCAUGUGAACUGCGGGGAAGACGGUAUUUGAAGGUCUCUUUGAACAACUUCUCUCCUCCCAACGACAGAGGCCUGUGGCGUGACAAAUUUUAUUACAUUUUGGAUUUGAAACAAACUUGUUCAUUUUUUCUGUGGUCAGAAAUCAAACCAGACAGCCAAUUAAAUGCAAUCUGCAUAGUAUAUCUGCUGGAUGGACCAAAUAGAUCAAGGCACUUAGCUUAGCACUAAGCUUUUCCAACAAAAUCCAAAACAGAAUUAGUUUGUUGGGCCUUUCUAAUUUCUGUUAGUAGGAUACCUGGUACCUUCUGUCCAACUAAACUGUGUGAUCUCUGGUGUCCAGUUUUCAAGAACCCAUUCCGAACAAUGCUUCUGUAAGUAGCAGGUAAAGAUGGGUCAGGUAAAUGAUUGAUCAUUGCGUGAUAAUACUUCAAUAGGGAAGGAAUUUCAGCUGCACCUGAGUUACAAAGAAUGCACAGCCCAGUCAUUCCGUUUAUUGUUCCUCCCUGUUGGCUGUUGGUGCAGGACUGUGGCCUGCACUAUGAAAGGAUCACCGUAUCUGUUCUGAUGACCAAAGUUGGCCACAGUGAAACAGUUACUGAGCCUCCAUUCACCAGAGCCCUUGUACUGUGACUUUUUGCCCCGUCUUGAAGCAUUGUCCUUUUUUCCCCUCAAGUAUUUCCCUCCCACAAACAUCCACCCUGGACAUUCCUUCUAAUAAAACUUUUUGUAUCUGUC